CCAGCAAGGUUCAGAUUUCCGUCUAACUUUGUCUUUUGUACAGAGAUAUAGCCAGUAUUACAAAUAUUAAUGGUUAAGCCUCCUGGUUUCCAUUUAAAUUGUAUCAUUUAACUCUCCUUUUUUUUUUUUUUUAAGAACUUGGGUUGUCAAGAAUUCAUGAUGAAGAGCCUUUUUUUGUCUCUCUUACUUGUCUCUGUUCUGUUUAUGAACAGCUUCUCAGAAGUGCAGGGAGGGAAAUGGAAAGGUGACGGUACAACGCGAAACCUGGAAAGCAUUGUCAUUGGAAGAUGCUAUGACUAUAUUAGAAUUGUGAAUCCUGCUGUUGGUGAGAAGAAUUGUUCAGAGAUAUGGGAAGCAUUUAAAAAUGCAUUUAUUAGCAAGGAUCCUUGCAGCAUUCUACCUGAGGAUUAUGAGUUAUUCAUCAACCUGUCAUUGCACACAAUUCCACCUAACAAGUCUAUCUUCUGGGAAAAUAAUCAGCUGCUAGUCAAUACCUUUGCUGGCAGAGGCCGUCGCUACAUGUCUCUGGGUGAUACUCUGUUUGGCUUCUUUGCAGAUUUUCUAAACUGGUGUGGGCAGGCAAACAGCGCUGGACUGGACUAUGAAUCCUGCCCUACCACAGCGGAAUGUGAAAACAACGCGGUGGAAUCUUUCUGGAGGAUGGCCUCAAUCACUUAUGCACAGCACAGUUCUGGGGUGAUACACGUCUUGUUGAACGGUUCUGCAGUUGGAGGAGCUUAUCCAAGCCCAGGUUUUUUUGCAGAUUAUGAAAUACCUAAUUUCCAGAAAGACAAAAUCUCACAAAUUGUCAUCUGGGUUGUGGAUGAUAUUGAAGGACCAGAUACAGAUUCCUGUGGAACUCAUACUGUAAAGGUACUAGAAAACAGGCUGAAAACCCUUGGUUAUGAUGUCACCUGCACUGACAAUUACAAGUCUGUAAUGUUCUUACUCUGCCUGGAUUAUCCUGAUGAUUCUAAGUGUACUCUUUCAUCAUCUGCACCAGCAGCACAAAGAGGACCUAUAUCUUCAGACAGAGGAGGCAGCUGGAACAAGCUUAUGUUUGUUUCUUUUGUAGGCUUUUUGUUCAGAUUUGCUUUAAUGUACUAAGUUAAUCAACUGAAUCCGUAUCCUCUGUUUGCCUUAGCUGGCUAUAAAUUUGGCUUUAACUAAUUUUUAACUGCAAUUUCACCCUAGUUCUGGGACUGGCAAAC